CUAGAGAACCGCCCUCUAGAGAUGCUGUUAUAUUUCGUUAUGAAAAGUGGUCAUAUAAUCUUUUCUCAAAUUUGAUUUGAAGAGCACUCAUAACACGGGUUGUGUCACAUUUGUUCAACUUAAACUAGCAAACUAGUGGAUUUUGUUCAUUUUUUGCUAUCUUUUAACUUAAAUCUAACACUUAUUGUGAAAAAAUUGUUAUAAAAAUCAUAAGACGAAAAGUCGGAUCCAUCAACAGUUAUUCGGAACACACAACCAUGACGAGAGGUUUGAAACCACUACUUCUAGAAGUAUUAUUCUUCUGUUUAAUUUCAAUUGCAUUUCAAUUCGACUGCCCCGCUACCAUGGAAAAAGUAGAGGGGGCAGCAGAAGAUAGCUGUUAUAGUUUGCUAGAUUUGGGCGGAAUGGAGUACCCGAUGGCGAGCUUGUAUUGUCAGGUGUCAAUUACUACAGAGGUGGGAGCAGCACAGAUUGUGAUUCCGAAGAACGUUGGGGAGCUGCAGGCACUAGUAAAGUUUGUUCUGUCCAAAGGCAUUCCAACUGCAGGCCAGUCCGGCUUCUGGGUCAACUACCGAAGGGAUGAACCAGCUCCCUUGGAGGAUGACGGAAGUUUGUCAGCCAACAACUCAAUGAUACGAAAAGACCGAUCGCAGUUCGUCGACCGAAUCGAACUCAAGGUGAUGCCAGAUGAGCUGUGGCGAGCUGAAUCGCAGCCAGGAGACCAGACCGAUGACAGAGACGAACAGUGCGUUGCCCAGAGUUACCCUGGAAACCCGUUCCAUCAGGGGCUGGACGACUUCGCUUGUUCAGGAUAUGAAUUGCAUAAUGCUCUUUGCGAAGUGAAGCUGGGGCCACCUCCAGCAUAAUGAAGAACUACAAAUAUAGUAAACUUCAUCUCUGGUCGGUGUCGAGUCAUCUGAAGGUGGAAAUCGGACAUGUUAGAAAUCAUUAUGUGUUGGGUUAAUAUCUAAUUCUGGAGAUAAUUUGAUAUUCUUUACUUCUUUGUUAGCAUUGUAUUCAAAUUGAGUCUGAUAUAA